CAAGAGACAACAAUGUACCAAUCAGACGACCAGAAAAACCAAAGAUCUGGACCCAGGACUGGACGCAAACAAAUAUACGGCAAUCUUGAAAUUGCUCUUCCUUUUUUCGGUUUUGCAAGCAGUUUUGUUUAUACCAUCGUACAGCAACAACUUGACAAUGCCAAAUUGCUUAUUUUUGCUAAAAAUGAGCAUCAAGAGGUUAGAGCUGGGCGCAUUGAUCGGGACAGGGCUAAAGAAGAAGAUGCCAUAAAAAAACUCAAGCAGGACCUUAGCAUUGCCACUGAAAGAGGAGACAGGGUUGGAGAAAUACGCGCGUAUGGAACUCUCGGCACUGCUUACCGUAAACACGGGGAUCUCGAAAAAGCCGCAAAGUACUAUGAGCUGGAGCUUAACAUUGCGAAAGAAGUUGGGGACAAGACUGAAGAAGGACGUGCGUACGAAAAUCUCGGUAUUGCUUAUCGUUGUCUCGGUGAUAUUAAUCAGGCCAUUGAGUACCAUGAGCGGGAGCUUAACAUUGCGAAAGAAGUUGGAGACAAGACUGAAGAAGGACGCGCGUUCAAAAAUCUCGGUGUUGCGUAUCGUUGCCUCGGUGAUAUUAAACAGGCCAUAAAGUGCCACGAGCAGGAGCUUAGCAUUGCCAAAGAUACUGGCGACAAAGUUGGUGAAGCACGCGCCUUUGGCCAUCUUGGUAUCGCGUUUGGUAGCCGCGGAGAGUUAUGUGAAGCCAUUACGUACUAUGAGCAAGAGCUUUGCAUUGCCAAAGAAGCUGGAGACAGAGGUGAAGAAGGACGUGCCUGUCGAAAUCUUGGCACUGCUUAUCGUAGUCUUGGAAACCUCAGAGAAGCCGUUAACUACCACAAGCACGAGCUUGAAAUUGCCAAAGAAGUCGAGGACCGCGUUGGAGAGAUGUUUGCCUACAGAAAUCUUGGCAUUGUCCAUCGCAGUCUUGGAGAUUUUACUAAAGCCGUGGAGUGUCACCAGCAGGAGCUUAGCAUUGCCAAAGACUUUAAGGACAGCACUGAAGAAGGACGCGCCAAUGAAAAUCUCGCAAUUACCCAUAUUGACCUGCGAAAUUUCAAUGAUGCCAUUCAGUGCGACAAACAGGUACUCAUCGUUGUCAAAGAAGCUGGAGAUUUAGCUGGUCAAGGACGUGCCUAUAGAAGGCUAGGUAUUGCUUGUCGUAAUCUCGGAAAUCUCGAUGAAGCCAUACGAUACCAUCAGCGGGAGCUCAGAAUUGCCACAAAAGUUCGUGACCGGGCUGGUGAAGGACAUGCAAAUGGAAAUCUUGGUCUUGCUUAUCUCAAUCGGCGAGAUUUCAGUGAAGCCAUUAAAUACCUCGAGCAGGAACUUAGCAUUGCCAAAGAAGUUAGCAACCGGGCUAUAGAAAAACAUGCUUGCGCAUGUCUUGGCAUUGCUUAUCGUUGUCGCGGGGAUCUUAAUGAAAGUAUUAACUACCACGAACGCGAGCUUAAUCUCUCGAAAGAAGAUGGAGAUCGAGCUGGAGAAGGGCGUGCCACUGAAAAUCUUGGCAUUACUUAUCGUAAUCUCAGGGAUCUCAAUAACGCCAUACAUUGCCAUGAAAAGAUGCUCGAAAUUGCUAAAGAAGUAAGGAACAGGGCUGGAGAGGGACGUGCAAAUGGAAAUCUAGGCAUAAGCUAUCUCGAUCGGCGAGAUUUCGAGAAAGCUAUCGAGUACCACAAGCUGGAGCUCAGAAUUGCCCAAGAAGUCGAGGACAGGGCGGGCGAAGUACGCGCUUUUGGAAAUCUUGGAGUUGCUUAUCGUAGUCGCGGAGAUUUCACGAACGCCAUAAAGUUUCACAGGCUGGAGCUUGAAGCUGCCAAAAAUGCUAAGGACAAGGCUGGAGAAGGGCGUGCCUAUGGUAAUCUCGGCAUUGCUUAUCGUUGCUUUGGAGAUCUUCAUGAAGCCAUAAAAAACCACGAGGAGGAGCUUGACAUCGCCAAAGAAGUUCGCGACAAGGUCGCAGAAGGGAGUGCCAAUGGAAACCUUGGCAUCGCGCAUCAUAACGACGGAAACUAUGAUGCCGCUAUAAACAGCUACGACGAGAGUCUCAAAAUUGCCAAAGGAGUAGGGAACAAGGUCAGCAUAUGUAGUUUACUUUGCCAUCUUGGAAGUGUCUAUGACAGCCGCGGUGAUUAUCAAAAUGCCAUUAAACACUGCAGGGAAGCGCUUGAAAUUGCCGAAAAAAACAAUGACACCGCUGGAAAAGCACUGGCAAAUGGCAAUCUAGGCAAUGCUUUUGCCAAUCUUGGUGAUUUUGAAAAGGCAAAAAUGCACCACCGAGAACAGCUUCGCUUAUCCACUGACCAUGGGAUUGAGGACAAAUAUACACAAGUGCAAGCUUACUGCAACCUUGGAAACGACUACCGAAAUAUUCCGGGUUGUUUUGUGAAAGGCAUUGAGUGUGACAGAAAAGGUCUUAAGAUUGCCAUAGAAGAAAAAGACAGGCGUGGAGAAAUGUUUGCCAAUGGAAAUCUUGGGACUGCUUAUCAUAGCCUUGCUGAUUUUGAAGAAGCCAAAAAGUGCCAUAACAAACACGUAAUGAUUGCCCAAGAACUCGGGGACAGAAAAGAAGAAGGACGUGCUUACACAAAUCUCGGCAAUGUUUAUCGUAGCCUCAAAGAUUUUAACCAAGCCAAAUUGCUCCACAAGAGAGGUCUUGCAAUUGCCGAAGACGUUAACGACACGGUCGGACAAGGACAAGCCCUUUACUCGUUAGGUCGCGAUUCUGAAUCUGAAGGUUCUUUGCUGGAGGCUCUUGAGCAUCACCAAUCCUGUGUCAAACUCUACAAUGAUGUGAGAACUAACCUGCAGUCUGAAGAUCAGUGGAAAAUAUGCUUUCGUGAUCUACACAAAAAUGCGUACACUGCUCUGUGGGAGACACUGUUAAAGCUUCAAAGGACUGAUAAAGCUCUAUGUGAGGCUGAGAAAGGACGAGCACAGGAUUUAAAUGAUCUCCUCAAAUUGCACUUUGGCUAUACAGUACGUAGAAAGCAUGAAGAGAUUUCUCACAUUGUAAGAAAUAUAUCUACUCAAACAGUUUUUAUGGCCCUGGGAAGCAACAACAUCAAUUUCUGGGUAUUCCGCAAAGGAGACGAAAUUCGUUUUAGGCAAAUGGAAAUAGAUGUUGCCGCCGCCUUACAACAUCUUAAUAAGAAUGUUUGUACUGCAAUCGAAGCUCAUGACACUGAUGUUCAGAGCAAAGUUACAUCUUUAAGCGUCCUGUAUGAUACUAUUAUAGGACCUAUUGAAGACUUGCUUAAAGGUGACGAAUUGAUCAUCAUCCCGGAUGGUCCGUUGUACUUCGUUCCUUACGCUGCUUUGCUAAAUCACGAGGAACCAGCUGCGAGGUACCUUGGUGAAUAUGUCAGAAUCCGCAUUUUUCCCUCGCUGACGAGUCUAAAGAUCAUCGUAGGUCAUGAGGAUCACCACAGCCAGCCUGAGGCGCUUCUUGUCGGAAAUCCAACCAAUCCAACGGAUUCGAAUCCAAAGUCGCUGCCAUGCGCUGAAAAAGAAGUAGACCAGAUCUUCACCAUUAUCCGUGGCUCAAUCAAUGCUAAGGUCUUAAAAAAUCAGGAAGCCACCAAGGAGGAGGUUUUAAAGAGCAUCAAUUCGGCUGCUUUAGUUCACAUAGCAGCGCACGGGCAAACAAACACUGGCGAGAUUGAAUUGGCUCAACAGAACCAAAGCGACGAUGACAACGUUCUAACGAUGCAAGAUGUGCAAAAUGUUAAGCUAACAGCCAGGCUUGUUGUGCUAAGCUGCUGUGAUACUGGUCGAGGAAAUGUUUCAGCUGAAGGUGUGGUUGGCAUUGCAAGGGCGUUUCUGAGUGCUGGUGCACGUUCUGUUCUCGCUUCGCUGUGGAAAAUUGAUUACGAUUCCACUAUGAAGUUCAUGACACAUUUCUACCACCACCUCGUUAAUGGAAAAAGCGCCAGUGUUGCUCUUCAGCUCGCCAUGAAAGAUCUUAGAGAUUCAUUGAAUCAAGAUCCAAAAAAAAAGGGCCAUGCCGAAAAGUACUGGGCUCCAUUUGUUCUGAUUGGGGAUGAUGUCACCCUUAAGUUUGGCGAAAGCAAGUAA